UAUCAAUUUCCACAGGUAACAGUGCUGAUAGGGGAGACCGGCUCAGGAAAGAGCACACAAUUAGUUCAGUUUCUUGCCGAUUCAGGAAUAUUUGGUCAUGAGUCUAUUGUUUGCACUCAGCCACGUAAACUUGCAGCCAUCUCGUUGGCAGAAAGGGUUAAAGAGGAAAGUUGUGGUUGUUCCAAAGACACUUCAGUUAUUUUUUGUUCAUCAUGUUUGUCAUCUCAGGAGUUCGGUUGUAAGGUUAUAUUCAUGACUGACCACUGCCUACUGCAGCACUACAUGAGCGAUACGCAAUUAUCCCGGAUCUCAUGCAUUAUUGUUGACGAGGCUCAUGAGAGAAGCUUGAACACAGAUCUCCUUCUGUCGAUGACUAAGAAUCUACUCAGUCAGAGGCCUGAUUUGAGGCUUAUAAUUAUGUCUGCAACAGCUGAUGCAGACCAGUUGGCCGACUACUUUUUUGGUUGUGGAACCUUUCAUGUGGCGGGCAGAAAUUAUCCCGUUGAUAUUAAAUAUGUCCCAUGCAAUGAAGGUUCUUUUAGUUCUCGAUUGAUUGCUUCAUAUGUUCUUGAUGUUGUGAGGAUGGUGACUGAGAUCCACAAAACGGAGAAGGAUGGAACAAUACUUGCCUUCUUGACCUCUCAGAUGGAAGUAGAAUGGGCUUGUGAGAAGUUCCAAUCUCCAUCUGCCAAUGUGUUACCUUUGCAUGGAAAACUUUCUUACGAGGACCAACACCGAGUUUUUCUGAACUACCCAGGAAAAAGAAAAGUUAUAUUCACCACUAAUGUUGCUGAGACAUCAUUGACAAUUCCAGGGGUCAAAUAUGUGGUUGAUUCUGGAAUGGUGAAGGAAAGCAGAUUUGAUCCUGCCACUGGCAUGAACGUUCUAAGGGUUUGCAGAAUCAGCCAGAGCUCUGCAAAUCAACGGGCCGGUCGUGCUGGGAGAACUGAGCCUGGAACAUGUUAUAGACUCUACACAGAAGAUGAUUAUUCUUUGAUGCUGCCUCAUCAGGAACCAGAAAUUUGUAUGGUUCAUCUUGGUGUUGCAGUUCUGAGGAUUCUUGCUUUAGGCAUCAAGAAUGUGGAGGAUUUUGAUUUUGUUGAUGCACCCAGUGUCAGAGCGAUAGACAUGGCCAUCAGAAAUCUCAUUCAAUUAGGAGCUGUCGUAGGGACAGAUGAUGUUCUUGAAUUGACCAAAGAAGGUUUGGAUUUAGUUAAGUUGGGUAUUGAACCUCGUCUUGGUAAAAUAAUCCUUAAAUGCUUCCAUGAGCGCCUAGGUAUUGAGGGCCUUGUUCUUGCUGCAGUUAUGGCAAAUUCUAGUAGCAUAUUUUGCAGAAUUGGUACAGAGGAAGAUAAGUUGAAAUCUGAUCGCCUUAAGGUGCAAUUUUGCCACCAAAAUGGGGAUCUCUUCACUUUGCUGUCUGUUUAUAAAGAGUGGGCGGCUGUGCCUUGGGAAAGGAAAAAUAUCUGGUGCUGGGAAAAUAGCAUUAAUGCGAAGUCGAUGAAGAGAUGCCAUGACACUGUGCAAGAACUGGAAGCUUGCCUUAAGCAUGAAUGCAAUAUUAUUGUGCCAAGUUACUGGCGUUGGAAUCCUCAGAUGCAUGAGCAUGAUGAAACUUUGAAAAAUGUAAUUCUCUCUUCCCUUGCAGAAAAUGCGGCAAUGUACUCUGGGUAUGAUCAACUUGGAUAUGAAGUGGCAUCGACUGGGAAGCAUGUUCAACUGCAUCCUUCAUGUUCUAUACUAAACUUUAAUCAGAGGCCACGAUGGGUGGUUUUUGGCGAGGUUCUCUCUGUAUCUAAUGAGUAUCUGGUCUGUGUUACUGCAAUUGACCAUAAAUCUUUGUCUACUCUUUCUCCACCUCCAGUUUUUGAUUUCUUGAAGAUGGAAAGCCAGCAGUUGCAGAAGAGGGUUUUGCCCGGACUCGGAAGUUUAGUG